CCCUCCCCGCUCUGGGCCUUACCCGAGGAGCUGCUGCUCCUCAUCUGCUCCUACCUGGACGCGCAGGCCUUGGGCCGCCUGGGCCAGGUCUGCCGCCGCCUGCGCUUCCUCAGUAGCCGCGAUCUCCUCUGGAGGCGCAUAGCCCGCGGCUGUCUCAACUCCGGCUUCACCCAGCUCGGCACCGACCUAGCAGCUGGCAUUCCAGUGAAGGAAAGGGUGAAAGUAUCUCAGAACUGGAGGCAUGGACGCUGCCGGAGGGAGACAGUCCUGAAAUGGAAACGCAAUUUGAUGCCCUGGAUGGAGCUAGAUGGUGAGUAUCUCUAUCUGUCUCAAGCGGAGAACAUCCAGGCCUACCAGCUCUGUCCAGAUGGUACGGGUUUGCAGCGUCACCCUCAAGCUAUCUUCUCCGGCCACCAGGAGGACGUAUGUCGCUUUGUUCUUGUCAACUCCCACAUCGUCAGUGGAGGGGGAGAUGGAAAUAUUGUCCUUCACAAGAUCCAUGGCUCCUACAGUGUCAAGUUCUCUGCGCAUGAACAGGAGGUGAACUGCGUGGACUUCCAAGGUGGCCUCAUUGUCAGCGGCUCCCGGGACAGAACAGCGAAGGUUUGGUCCCUGUCCACGGGCAGAGUUGGGCAGUGUCUACAUACAGUGCAGACAGAGGAUCGAGUGUGGUCCAUUGCUAUCAGCCCAUUAUUAAGCUCAUUUGUGACGGGGACAGCCUGCUGUGGACACACCUCACCUCUGAGAAUCUGGGACCUUGAGAGCGGUCAGCUGUUGACCUGUUUAGGGACUGACUUCCACCGUGGAGCUGGAGUCCUCGAUGUCUUCUAUGAAACACCCUCCCUUCUCCUUUCUUGUGGAUAUGACACCUACAUCCGCUACUGGGACAUACGGACCAGCACCAGGAAGUGCGUCCAGGAGUGGGAAGAGCCCCAUGACAGUGCCCUGUACUGCAUAAGGAGUGAUAAGAACCAUAUGAUUGCCAGUGGCUCUUCUUACUACGGUGUGGUGCGGCUUUGGGAUAAACGGCAGACUCGGUGCCUGCAGAGCUUUCACCUGUCUUCACCCACCAGCAGCCCAGUGUACUGCCUCCGUUUCAGUACCACCCAUCUGUACGCUGCCCUGGCAUCAGCCCUACACGUCCUAGACUUCACAGCCCCAUGAAGGGUACCGCCGCUGCUUCUGGUCACCCCAACUCAGCAGAGUUGACACUUGGCUCAGGGAAUCACAGGGCAAGAGAGGUGAGAAUGGCCCGUGAGGCUUCUGAAGGGAUUUUUUUGCCUGCCAGAAAGCUACAAUGAAGAGUGCACAAACAGCCAGACUUUCUCAACCUCACCUGCCUGUUAGUGGAAAUAAAGGCCGAUUGUCCUUUACCCUUUUUAUUUUGUGCAAGUCAGGGUUUGUUAUAUUAAUUGUGUUCUUUUUUUUUUUUUUUUUUUUUUUUC